AUGAACGAGGACGACGAAGAUGACUUUAGCAUCAAAGACACCUCCUUCUUUUACGAGUUCGACAUGGAGGAUUUCUGCGUCUACCAGUCGGCCAAGAUGUCCUCGGGCGCUAAAGAGCGCGACGGCUUAGAAGGUCGGUACGAGUCUCUACAUAUCGUGAUGUCGUGCCGAGACGAUACCGACUGGUUUAUCGAUGGAACUCUAAAUAGUGCAGAGAAUCGAAGGUCCUUCAUCCGAGGCGCGAUCGUUGAUGUCAACAUCGGCGCCAUGGAGGAUACAACACAACACUCUGCCGCUGAGUUUAUUUGGGUCAUGACCAUGGAAGGCCGAAAGAAACACUACUGGUACCGACUAAGGACACCAUCGAAAGCCUACGAACGGUAUUGGUCGAGUUAUCUCUGGUUGGCGAACUUUACAAAAUACUUUGUCGACUUUCUCCAUAUCAACUUGGCCACUGGUGUGUCAGUCUGCCUUCGGACAUUUGAAUCGAGCUUCUGGACAUGGGUAAAAGAGGUACAUGGGGCCAGGGUUUUAGGCUGGCACGCACAAUGCGGAGAGCGGAAGGACUUUCGCCAGUAUGUGCUGUACUAUGCACAAUUCCUGCGCGAACGUGUACGUCACCUGCAAAAGAAAGGUGAUGGCGAUAACCUAAGACUUUCGCAUAAAGUCUGGGACGAAAUCGCUGCUGGUGAAUUUUCGUAUAACCGGGAAACCAUUUCCUCAUCGGAGGAAACAGUCGUUACUCGGCACGUCGCAUCCUCGUUCCUCAAAGCUUUUCCAUACUGGCAGGAGAAACAUCAACUGUUGAACGUGGUCGAUAAGUGUGCUGAGGUCGAAGCCUAUACCGAUAAUAAGAGGCGGAAGUGGAAAUUCCCUAAUAAGCUUGGCUUCUCCCAGAGGGACAAUUUUAAAGGUACAGGUCGGCAUAAAAUCUCUAAAGCUACUUGGCUACUUGAAGAAGCAGCGAUCGAAAAUCGGCUGCUUCGCGUUCACGAGCUCGGUCAACUUCUGAGAGCUGUCGUCAUUAUUCGUGACCCCCUUACUAAUUGGGAUGAGUACAACUUCCGAUACGCCUGGGUUAGAGCGGUUUCGAAGUCGACUCUUUCGGUGGUGUGGCUUGUCCUUCCGGCAGACACUUUAUGCGGUAAUUCAGAGGACGGGACCUUUUAUCCGAUCGGCAAUGAGCUCUUCUUCAGCGAUGAGUGUAAUUGCAAAUCUAUUUCGAUGAGAAACGUUAUCAAGAUUAUCAACGCCUCAGCCUUCAAGGAUCAUGCCCAGCAAGGAUCCCAGCUAUUCAUUCAUAGUCUCUAUCGACAAAGUGAAGGAAUCCAUGUCAAAGCUGUCGAGUCAGAGUUGCCUUGCCACUGUCAAAAGUCCCGAGGAAUGACGACAAUAAGGACGACCCAAAAGUUAGCUCGCCAACAUCCAGCUGACCCAUCUACACUCCACAAGAUGAAGGUCUGCGCUUUGUGUAGCGGAGCUGGUCUAUUGGAUCAUGCGUUUUGCAACACUGGUCUUGCUGAGACUGUGCUUGCUGUCGAACAUAACGAGAUGGCAGCUCGGAGCCACAUGGCCAAUAAUGGGUCAGAUCAGUGUGAGUAUCUCAUUGACUCCGUCAACCAAGCCCUACAAAGCUUUAUGACAGGGAAGAAGCCGUUACCUCCUCACAUUGACUGUAUCAUUGCGGGCUGCCCGUGCCAGGGCUUCAGUGUGCUAAACUACUUUAAAGGAGCUAGUAACUACGAGAGCCAGAAGAAUUGUUCUAUCCUUGCGAAUAUACUAUCAUGGAUCGAGGUAUUCAUGCCGCCAUAUGUUCUGAUUGAGAAUGUCGUCAACAUGGGUCGAAUACGACCAAACGCCUGCGCUCAAGCAAUCUGUCAUCUUGUCGCUCUCGGUUAUCAGGUGCGGAAGUCUAUUCGGGUUGACUGCGAGGUCGGUGGAGUGUCCACGCGCGAGAGGCUCUUUAUUAUUGCGGCCGCACCAGGCGCCGUGCUCCCGAACGAAAUCCCUAUCGCCCACCGCCUACAAGACCGUGAUCGUCGCGGUAACGAGCACAAACCUCGUAGCGCUUGGAGCGCGAUCUACGAUCUGAAGCCCGUUGAUAACGAUACGGUUCUUAAUCAUGAGGACCCAGAUCACAUCCCUCUCAAACGGUUAAAAAUCGACUGGGAUAAAACUGUCAGUUUGCGUAACCUCGUACCGAAGAUCGACACGUCUCUCAGCGAGGCGUAUUACACCAAGAAGCUCUCGGCAACGGAGAACAAGUUCUUCCGUGCUCUCAAUCCGACCCAGAGAAAGCGCUCGUCCAAGGUCCUGAUGCGGAUCAAGGAAGACGAACCCUUCCGGACAAUUGCGACCACGAUUAACCCAAUGGAUGCUCGCUUUGGUGGAGUGGUCUUGCACCCAUCUCAGCACCGCCUGAUCUCGCUUCGCGAGACUUGUCGCGCGAUGGGCGUGCCGGACGGGUUUCUUCUCGCGGGGACGAUCGUCCAGAAGCAUAAGCAAUUAGGCAACGGCGUGCCCGGGGCCCUAGCCUACGGUUGGGGCCUCGAAUUCGGCAAGGCAUGGAUAGAGACCCUGCAGCGAGAUUCUAGCGGAGGUGAACCAGAGGCAGAAGCGGAUGAACCACUAGUUUCGUCAGUCGAAGUGGCCCCGGACACGCGCUGCUCAGAGAACAUCUCGACGCGCACAAGCACGACUAGUACGACCGAGGACGCGGCAGCUGGCGGAACGACACGGUUAACGGUUAAGAUGACCCACCGCGCAGUAAAGACGAUUGCUCGAACCAGGCGAGCACGACGCAUUAUCGAAGACAGUGAAGAUGAGGAAGAAGAGCAGGGAGGCUCUCAGCACAUGUCAAAGAUGGUCAUCACGAGUCGUUCCUCGCUUAUCACGACUACAGAGGAAUCUAGGCUGCUCAUGGGCCAAGAUAUGCCUACUUUAACGUCCCGACAAAGCCCGCCUCUAAAGUCAGCCGAGCCGAUUGUGAUCUCCAGUGACGAAGAAGAAGAAUGUCGGAGCGCGGUACACAACCGGAAGACUUCGUCUCUUCCGCGCAAACAGCGUAUUGCAUCCUUGGCAAAAUUAUCUCUGGCAGAGAAAUCUCUUGAGCAAGAAGCCGGUGCAAAACGAGUACGAGCUGUACAACCAUAUCCAGUUCCAAUACUGGAUCCGGAAAGACAAUCACGCGCACCACGUACCUCUAAGAUUCGGAGAAAACGGGAGGCUCCUAUGGGACCUGGCGACAGAAACAACGGCGGGGACGACCGUAACAACAGAGACCUCAUCUCCGUGGAAAUACCCAAGGUGAAGAAGGCGAGGGUCUGA